UCCGAGCUUCCGUAGCUGCAGGGUGAAGGGACUUGCUUAUUGGCACAGUCUGAGCGCAUCCUUUUCUUUGCUUUCUUGUCAUCCUCACCAAAACACAGCGGGACGAUGGAAAUUGAAGAGGAUUACAUCUCUCUACUCGCCAGUUUGCAGUAGUUUAUCGUUAGUAGUAAUGUUAUUCGCGGAAUUGUACACAACAUCAGGCUUUUUCUGACUGGAGCAGACAUAAUAGCUUGUCCGUGGAAACGUAAAGAAUAUAGUUAUCCUUUCGCGUGCAAGCUGUGCUGAGUCGCUAGGUUUUAGUAUGUUUUUUUGUUUUGUUCCACAGUUGCAGUUUUUGGCAAUGAAAUGCUCAUGGACAGUUUUUUUAAAAUUGUAAUUUGGUGGAUCUGAACGAAAUCAGCGGUGCUCCAGUAAACAAGAUGCUCAGAUAGAAAGUGGUGUGACAACAUCAAGGGGCCCGAGACUUUCCUGGUUUAAGGCUACCAACCAAGAGGCCAGCAUUUGGGUGAUCACCAACCAACAAACUGCAAAUGUGACUGAUAUGACGCCAUAUGUUUACCGAAACAUCAGCUCUUGUCAACAAACUGAUGAGCGCUUGUCAGCGGCAGCCAGUCGUGUGCCAUCGCUGGGAUCACUUUUGGUUGGCUGUUUGGAGCACUAGUUCUUGGACUGAUAGGAUUGGCUUUUAAUAGUGGCAUACCACAUGGCCGCAGCAGCAACUUCACACUGCGAUAGUGACUAAGUCAACAUAUGAUCACAUGUAAAUAUCAGAGCCAUCCUACUCUAUAUGCACCAGGUGCCUUAUGUCUUAGAUUACACUGAACUUGGUAUUUAUACAUAUUUGCCAUAUUUAAAAUGAAACAUUACUAGUUCUUAAAUGACCAAUCUUCUGGGAUCAAGGCUGAUGGAAACAUUUUAGUACUUUUGUCAUGCGGGGAAACUGGGUACACACACAACCAGCGGGCAUCUCAGACUUUUGGUGGAGCUGAUGGUGUAGCCUCCCUAUCUUCUUUAAUGACCCCAUGACCCCUGCAGAAGUAUCAUCUAACCACAUUUUAAUUAGAGAUCUCACAGCAGCUGAUAUUACCCACAUGGUUGUCGGUAUGACUGCAUGCCUGUAGCUUCACCACGCCAGCUUUGUCGUGGCUGGCCAUCACAGGACAGCCACUUUCCUCGGCCAUGACCCGGCUGAUGUUGGGCCGGACUCUGGAGCGCAUCUGUAAAGGUGUCCUGCUGCUCUGCCUGCUCCACUUCCUCAUCAUGAUGAUCCUGUACUUCGACGUGUACUCACAGCGCUUUGACCUCUUCAGCCGCUUCAACAACGGACGCAACGGAUCGAGGAAUAAUGGCACCGGAGCAGCUGGGAGCGGACAUCAUUAUUAUUAUUACAACCUUUCCAAGCCCAACACAACAUUAGCCAGCUAUCUGGCCACGGGCGAGCAGCUGGCCCUGAGCAUGCAGCCGGAGACCAAUCAGACUCCUUCCCUCAAACCGCUGCCACCAUGCCCCGAGAACCCGCCUGGCCUUGUGGGGCGUUUAUUGAUCGAGUUCAGUUCCCAGAUGACGAUGGAACGAGUGCAAAAGGAAAAUCCCAACGUGACAGAGGGAGGCCGCUACACCCCUCCCGACUGUCGACCUAGAUGGAAAGUAGCCAUCAUCAUUCCUUUUCGUCACAGAGAAAACCACCUGAAGUACUGGCUCCACUACCUCCACCCUAUCCUCAGACGGCAGAGGAUCGACUACGGCAUCUACAUCAUCAACCAGCUGGGCGAAGACACUUUCAACCGUGCCAAGCUGUUGAAUGUUGGCUACAGGGAGGCUCUGAAGGAUGCAGAGUACAACUGCUUCAUCUUUAGCGAUGUAGACCUGAUCCCAAUGGAUGACCGCAACCUCUACCACUGCUAUGACCAACCAAGACACUUUGCCAUUGCGAUGGACAAGUUUGGUUUCAGGCUGCCAUAUGCAGGCUACUUUGGAGGAGUUUCAGGUCUCAGUAAAAAACAGUUCCUGAAGAUCAACGGCUUUCCGAAUGAGUACUGGGGUUGGGGAGGGGAGGACGACGACAUCUACAACAGAUCUGGCUCAUCUCGAAUGUGCCGUUUGUGUCCACUGGGGCUGUCUACUCAACACAAAGCCCGAACUAUGCAUCUACCACAAUGCUUGGAAAAAGUCGGUGUACAAGGACAGAAGACCCUCGAAUUGAAGUAUGAACAGGAACACAUGCUAUGACAUGAAAUAAAAUAUGAAACAAAUGUGUAUUCUCUUGCAAAGCCUUGUCAUUAUCCAGAGAGAACCCUUUCACAAUAAAUACAACAAUCUAGCCAAGCAGACAACAUCCAGACUUCAGAGGAGUGUUAACACCUUGGAAGCAAAUGAAAAUUAAAACAGGUGGGUCUUGAGCUGCUAUUUCAAAGUAACUGCAGUGUCAAAUCAUCUUCUGACACUUUUAACUAACUAUAAAACUAAUUCUCCAUAAAAAUGCACAAAAAUAUAGAGAAAUUUAAGAUUAGGCCAUUUUUUAUCAUGUGCCAGGGUCCUGCACUUACUCUGUACUUUAUUAUCAAGAUUUUUGUUUCAGAUUGACUUUUAGGUUAUAGUUUAUCCACCUUGCAUCCCUGUUUGUGUUUCUAAGAACAGGCAGCUUUUCAAACAUUUUCUUUUCUUUUUGAUAUUUUAAAGAAACUACAGGGUCAAUCAAUACCCUUUUUAAUGCAUCCAGUCUAGGUUUGUGUAUGAAAAAUACAAGCAAAACCUCACUGAAGGUUUCUCACUUUUGCAGCACCCAGAUGUGUUCCUUUCCUCUUUUUCCUGUUCACACCCACACACCUCACUUUUAUAUUACUUUCUUUCUGCUAGGCAUCUCCCACCCCUCCCCAUACCACCAUCAUCAUCACCACCUACUCCUGUUCUUCCUCUCCCAUCUCAUUUCAGCAGGCUGAGGGAGCUGAGGCAGGACAUCAGACAUGGCUCCCAAUUCUCCUCCACUCCAUUGAACUAAUGCAAUUAACUCCACUGGUGGGAAUAGGAUAGAAGAACUAGAGAAAUUUCUAAAUAAGCAAUCAAAAGGACCACAGUCUGUGUGUGUGUGUGUGUGUGUGUGUGUGUGUGUGUCCAGACCACUGUCCAGACAUCAUAAUAUCCUUAAAUACACACGCACAGUCCUCCUCUGCCUCGGGCUGGAAAUGAAACUUUCACAGUCAUGAUCAAAUUAGCAGACAGAUAUUUUUCUAAGGAGAGAGAAGUGCUCGACAAUCCACUCCACAAAAUUAGGAGUAUUUCAAAAAGUUAAGGUGGCUAUUCUGUUAAAUGGAUUCACUCCAUGAAUCCAAGUGUAACUGCACUCUAUGUACAGUAUAUAGAGGCUUUUAUUCCACUAACAACCAAAGCAGAGUAAACUGAAUAAUAAAUUGCCUUAUUUAAAGUCUUGACUGUUAAGAUUUCAGUAAUGACAUAUACAUAUACUGCGACUGCUUUGCAAUAAAAGACAGCCAGUGUUUUGCAAGUUGAACACUUUUCAUGUAAAGCAGACACCAGUAGGAAAUGUUUUGUUUGCAUAAGCAGAUGAACCUGCAGUAAUCCAGCGUUGACACAGCUGCCAUGGCACAACGCUAUGAUCCUGACCCAGUCUUUAUAACACAGUGGUCUUGCUUAAUGCAUUUUUUUCUCCAUUGCAGCUCCUAGUGGUUUACACUUGACUCCCCAAAAAAAGUGCUUAAAGGUCCCCCACAGUGGAAAAUGUUACACAAGCCGCCCACCUGCUGUGGUUUUGUGGAGGUGGUUGUCAGAUGUCGACUCAAGAUUAUAUACCUUACACAGGGGACGCUGGAGCUUUCCAUCCCGCAUCCCCACUGUGUCCUGAGCGUCCUGUCCAUUACAUAGUUUUCACACUGUACGCAGUCAUGCUACAUUACUGCCUACUGCCUGACAGAGUGGGGAAAAUAAUGACUGUACUGAUGGGUUGUUGGAGUGUACAUUUGUGCCCCAGCUGAAGUUCUGUUUUGAUCAAUAACACAAAUCUCUGCUUUUGGCAAGAAUGAAGAGAAUCUAGUUGAUUAUACAGCAUAUAAUAACACACCUAUGCAUCAGCUCAUGAACACACAACUCUACAAACUCACAGCUCAGAUGGAUGUUUCUGUUAGACAUUUGUUUUGCAUUGUCUUGUUUGAUGCCGUCACUCUGAAACCACACAGACCCUAUUUGCAUCAUUUGUGCCUUAUGUCUGAGGUUCCUUUUGUGAAUCAGUGUCUUGAACAAGCUUUUAAUCAUCAUGCAAAGUUUCUUAUUGACACUUGAGGCAAUGGAGAGUCUCAGGAAAUAUUGUGAAAAUAGGCGGUGGAGUUAACAAGCAGAGAUACUGUAUAUGAUGUAUAAUUGUGUUCAAAGUACUGAUGAUAUUUUACUCAAGCAAAUACUUAUGUUUGAGAAGCUAGAAAAUUGCUUCCAUUUUCUCUGAGUAUUAUUGACUUGAUUGCCAAUGUUCAACAACAGUGCCUGAAGUUGCUCCACUCCUGUCAACCAUCACCUCAGAAGCUUCAACUAAUCCCACACCAGAACUGAGCACACAGAGCUGCUUCUAAUCAUUUCACUAAACAAGAAGAUUUUUAUUUUGGCAUAUUUAUUUAGCAUUUUGUUUAUUGCACAACUCUUGAAACAUCUUCUUCAGACACUGCCUCACCCUGACCAAAACAAAUGGAGAACCUGGCUCCUUUUCUUUGACUUUAUUAAAUAUCUGUAGUCAUCACACAGCAGCAGGAUCCAUAUGGUAACCCAAUCAAUUAUUUAAGUCCUCUGAUGUGACACUGUGAUCUUAAGGUGGCCUUAUUAACUUAAAUGUGUUUCUGAACAGCAAAUGUGAGCUGUUAAACACAUAUUAGAAGAACAAAGCAGUCGUGCACAGGAUGAUUCUAGGACCAUCAUAGCUGUUGGUUCAAGUAUCAAGUGGAACAGGACGUUUUUUUCCCACAGUUUUAACAUUGAAGUUCAUUUAUAAAUUGAACUGAGUUAAAUGUAAAGGUAGGGUUGGUAAUUCUUUUCAGAAGCAUUCUUAUUACAUGUAUUGAAAUUUUCUUUUCAUCCUGAUGGCAAUGAACACAUUUAAUGCACAUUUAAUGAAAAUCUGUCAUCUAUGGCACCAGUGGGGCUGAAAAAAGGCCUGACCAAUAAUUUUACCUAUCCCAAGUAAAGCCACUGGAUGGCCUGCCUGUCAACCUAACGCUCUACUUGUGCACUCAAUGCGUGUCUCCCACAAGGCGUGAUACUUGCAGGCAGACGUGUUACUGCUCUGUUUUGAUGGCUAAAGCUAGUGAGCUAGGGCAGAAAAGGUGCCCACAGCCUUUUUUGUUCAGGAACAGACUGUUGUUACAGGCCGGGCCUUCCCCUUUAAGACAUGUAGCCUUAUAGGUGAUGAUGUUGUUGUCUCUUCACUUUAUACAUGCUCCCUUUAGGCAAUAUUAUCAGGA